UUCCUAUGUUCUGUACGUGACAACAACUCGACGUUCACAGAAGAUUAAUUAAUUCUUGACGAAGGCAUUGCAGCGUAGUCACAGACAGCGGCUUCACGAGUAACCUCACGAGAUAUUUUAACAGCUCUGUAUUAUCCACUUGAAAAUGGCACCAACUAAGAAGACUGAUAUGGAGAAAUUGGCAUGGGCUUGGGUGGACUCGGUUGAACCAGAAGAAAUUCAGAGGAUCCACUUGGAAACAGCAUACAAAAUUGGUCUUAAAAAUUGCAAAAACUGCAGACGUAAUUGUCAAAAUAAUCCCAUGUGCUUAUCGGGUCUUGGAGAGGAACGAUAUCUAAAAGCACCACCAGUGGAAGCAGGUUCUUUGCAAAGCGUAUUGUGCAAACUUCGUGAUUUAAAAUCCUAUGUUGGUUUGAAGAACCUUGGAGCUACUUGCUAUGUGAACAGUCUUAUCCAAGUUUGGUUUCACAAUGAAGACUUGAGGAGGAUAAUAUACAAGUGGAAGAUCCAUGAAGAUCCAGAGGAGACAGAGAGAAUGGCACAGGCCAAAUCUAUGGCAAUUACUUACAGCCCAGUGACUGCUAUUGGACAAUUACAAUUACUUUUUGCAUUAAUGCAAUUUGGCAAUAAGUCAUCUGUUGACCCUAUCAAUUUGGCUAUCUCUCUGUCUCUUGACACAAGUAUCCAGCAGGAUGCACAAGAGUUUUCCAAACUUCUUCUCUGUCACAUUGAGAAAAAAAUGGAACGAAGUCCGGAACUGAAGGAAGAGCUACAACGUCUGACCCAGGGAAAAUAUAGUUAUGUCAACUGUUGCAAGACCUGUGGUACUGAGCAUCUCACAUCAACAACAUUCUAUGAACUGGACUUACUGCUUGUGGGAACUUUGAGAGAGGCCAUCCGGUCGUAUUUGAAUGUGGAACAAUUAGCAGGUCAGAAUCAGUAUCACUGUACGACAUGUAACGACAAAAAAGAUGCCACCCGUUUCAUACGAUUGGAUUCACUUCCGGAUACCCUUAACAUACAGCUAUUACGUUUUAUAUUUAAUCGUGACACUGGACAGAAGAAAAAGUUAAACGCCUGCAUCACAUUCCCGAUGGAGCUGGAUAUGUCGGAAUUCAUUAAAUGUCCACCUCAGACCCACGUCUACAAUCUCAUGGGUAUUUUAAGCCACAAAGGGCAGUCGGCUCAUUCUGGUCACUUUGUUGCCAAUAUUCGUAACUCAGAUGGGCAAUGGCACGAACUGAGCGACGAUAAGGUCGAUGAGGUGGACCUCAAUCAGCUGGAGGAUGGUCUUCACGAUUUUCAGAAGAAUACAAAGAGGACCCGUGUACCCAAGGGAUGCAUAUCCUCUACGACGGCCUACAUGCUCGUCUAUAGAAAACAGACUGCUAACAACACAUCAAAGUCGAAGAGGAGCACGAUACAGAAGCGCGAGAGUGAAUCCCCUACGUCGCCACCAGAGAAGAUCAUAGCUCGUGACGUCUUCAAUGAAGUAAAUUCACCAAUAAUGAGUCACUCGACCCGAUCAGCGUCACCGACGGAGUCGACGUGCUGUCAGUCGUCAAAUGUUAAGGAUCAGUACUGUAGAAACAGCGAGAGUCCCAGCAUGCAAGGUAGUCCAACUGAGAAGAAGAAUGCUCACAAGCGAACAAACUUGACUUCAAAAGAGGGCCAAAAAUCUCAAACGGAAACGAUGGCAGCGCUAGCUUCGAAGACACACAAGUCUGUGAUAACUCCUCCGAGUCCAGUAGCUGGACCUUCCGGUAUGCAGAAUAUAGCGACCACCAAAUAUCAGACGAUGAACGGCAGCGCACAGCAGCACAGUCUCGGAGCUAACGAAUUUUUGGAAGAUAUCGAGUUUGAGAAAUGGAGAGUGAACGAGACUGUGCGAGACCUCGUCAAGCAGGAGAAUGUUAAGCAUGAGCUUGUCCUGUUGGCUGAACAGCAGGAACGACAACGAAUAGCAGAGGAAGAGAACAAGAAGAGACAGUUAGUUAUAGAUUUUUACAAUAUCGUAGAGAAUACGCCAAAUCACGAGGAGUAUCAAUGGCUGCCUACGGAGUGGCUACACAAGUGGCUCAAUCCGUCGGCUGGGAAUUCGAUCUGCCCUAUAGACAAUACGCCGAUUAUGUGUCCCCAUGGAUUUGUCGAUCCUCUCAAGGUGAAUAAGGCUAAGUGCGUGCCCCCGAAAGCAGCUGAACUCCUUUUCGACGUUUAUCGUGGUGGCCCGAGACUUGACCAGAAUUCUCUCUGCACGUACUGCGUCAGACGUCGUUGCAAAACAAUACGCUUUAAAAUUGCCAUAGAACAGGAUCAGAAGUCAAUAACGGAGUUGAUGAGGAAUUAUAAAGAAGAAAAAGGCGGUUUCGUGGUGGGAGCAGAAUCAUUCAAGUACUGGAAGCGUUUAGCUACUGAUAAGUUCAACGAGUAUAUGCAGCGGGAAAUUGACGAGGAAAUAGGGAAGAUAUUCACAGAGGAACCCGUGGAGCAGCAUUCAGCAUCAAAGGACGAAGUCGCUGAGAAGGAGCAGGAAGAUACCAUUCUGAACUUCAACGAGGACAUCCUCUGCGAGCAUGGACUUCUGAAAUCUCCCGAUGCCACCCGGAAGAUCGUGCCGUUAGAGGUCUGGAGUAUACUGAAAAAGUAUUUUCCUGGUUGUAACGAGUACAUACACAGUGUAAUGCCGUGCACUAUUUGUCUGGAAAGACAAAAGGCUGCGCAGAAAGCAAAAGAAGGUGACAAAGCCAGAGCGAAGCAGCAGAAAGAAGAACUAAUAGAUCUGUACUAUGGAAAGAACAGAAUUGAGAUUUUGGACUGUGAGGAUCCUACUAGGAAGUAUUACAUCGUGGAGAAGGGCUUUCUGGACUCAUGGCGUAAUUUUAUUCGAUUCGUGGAAAAUCAUCCCAGGCCACCGCCGAAGUCCAUCAACAAUGGGAUUCUGCUGUGCGAGAGUCACAAGGGCUUCGUCUACCAGCCUUCGGCCUACAGUGACAUGUAUUCCAUCGUCACGGAGGACGAGUGGGAGAAGCUCAAGCAAUCGUACGAGCUGGACCACGAGCUGAUCAUCCGGAGGAUCAACGAGAACCUGGAAGUGGAGCCCACCACUUGCGCUGCCUGCAUGCUCGCCAGGGUCGAGAAGGAGCGCCUGGAGAGUCUUACGUACGAGAGAGCAACGAUCUUCAUUAAGUGUAUCGAUGAUUACGAAGGACAAAAGUCUGAUAAUGAUUCGGAGAAUCAGCCAAAGAGAGCGAAACUGGAGACUGCGACGGCGACGAGGCCCACCAGGACUCGGAGGAAAACGAAAAAGUCCCACGAGCUCAAGGUAUCGUCGACUAUUACCCUGAGGGACCUGAAACUCAUGACGAUGCAGAUCUGUGGCGCUGGACCCUUCGAUCAGCAUCUCAUGUUGGGGGAGCACGAGUUGACCGACCACAGCGAGAGUUUAGGAUCCCUAGGGAUCUAUCCCGGUGCGCUACUGACCCUCAAGAUCGACACACCUAUCGAAGGCGAAGGGGAUGCCGAAUCCGAUUCAGCGAAUUACGAUGGAAUCACGGAAAAAGGAUUCAAGGGAACCGAAUUGGUCACAGGCUGAUCCAGCGCUGUUGGGGAGGAGAUCAUUAAAAGCGAAGAAGCAGCAUCCACGACCUUCUCGAAGAAGACGCCCUCAGGACUCAUCCGGUGACUCGACGGCCGAAGGCGUCGCGCCAGUUAAUCGAUCGAUCGACAUACUAGCUUUAUUUUUUAUACGCGAUAAGUGGGACGAUCGAAUAAUUCCCUCAGGACUCCAGGACGAUGGAAGCGACGGGUGGGCGAUAUGCAGAGGGAGACGAGAGAGAGAGAGAGACAGAGACAGAGUACGUUCCUGUCGAGGACUCUCGAGACAUCUCCACCAUUUCAUACUUUUUAUACCAGAAUAUUUAUCACUUAUUUUCUCCCGUUUGUUUUUCUCCAUUUUACUUGAUUUUUUUCGUUUUCCUUUUUUUUAAAUUUUAAUUACAGUGUUGCAUCAUUAACACCAGGGCCUCGUUUCUGUUUUUAUUUCUCCUGCCAUGGUUUUAAUCUUGAAUUCUUUUAGUUUCUCUCAUGGCACCCUCUGAUUUUGCAUUAUUCGUGUUAUUAUUAUUAUUUUUUAAACUUUUUUAUUGAAAACUUUCGUUGCAACGAUAUCCUCGAAUUUGCGACCGCGUCGAAAUCCGUUUUCCUCCGAGAAUCAAGCAUACAAUAAAGAUAUGAGAGGCAAUAGGGGAAAAUGUCAAAGGACAAAUUCGCAAAAUUGAACGAGGAGAAAAUGUGAGGGGAUUCGCGUAAAGGAGGGUAACUGGUUGGGGGUAAGUGGAAAAAUGAAGAGAGAAUUGUACUGAAGCCACACGAGCCUUUCAUCACGUUUGAUACAUAGCUUUUAAUACGUGUAAGAGACAUAUGUAUGCUCUAUCUUCUGGACUGAAACGCGCUGUAUGUACAUAACGCAACAAGGGGACGCAAUCGUCCUUUGCGAAUCCUUUGCGACUGGCUAGUAGCGAAUAGAGAUCUAUCCACUAGAUUAUAUAAUACAAGAGAGACUAUGCGAGAGGAUGGAGGAAGAGACACUGCGCAAAGUGCAUGUCAAAAUAUAUAUAUAUAUAUAUUGUAUAUAUAUAUAUAUAUAUUAUAUAUAGAAUUAUUAUAUGAGAAUAUGUGAGCACGAGAGCGAGUGAGUGAAAGCGAAGACGCUUCAAUGUGAUGAGAAUAAAAAAGAAAAAAGAAAAAGAUGAGAAAAAUCGA